GGGAAGUGGGUGGUCCAGUGUGUGUGUGCCUGGAGUUGGUGAUGGAAUAAACAGCACAGCAGUGAACUCACAUGUCUCUGUGUCCUGAUGACUGGAUUUACAAACAUAUGAACAAAACAUGGUGUCAGAAGAAGUUUAACUUGGACUGCUAGUGCUCUCAGAGUGUGAAAUUUUUUUGCAGAAGUCUGUGGCUGUGAUACUCUGUGUCUGCAAAGCCUGCCGUCUGCUCCUAUCUUCAAACAGAAUUCACCCUUUGGUCUCCAACCUUGUACCACCCUGGCUCAACUCAGUGAUCUCUCCCCUCCAGCCCUGUCCCCCCACCCUAAUAUGAAUGGCCAUGGGCCUUGCCCCAUCUCAGAGGAUCCUUCUUCUCAUCAGGCCCCUCCGACACUUGAGCCCUACGUGACGCCUCCACAAAAUGAUAAUGGUGAUGAUUCUUCCUCUUCGGGGUCCCUCCUAUCGGGUUCUGGUCUCCUACUUGCCCGUUCUCUUCUUGGGCGCCGAAGUAGUCCUUCUUCCCCCAGUUCUUCACCUUCUCCCUGUAGCCUUCGACGCCGUCGCGAGUUCACCCCAGAUGAAAAAAAAGAUGACAACUACUGGGACAAGAGACGGAAGAACAAUGAGGCUGCUAAACGUUCUAGGGAGAAGCGCCGGGCAGGUGACCUUGCACUAGAAGGACGUGUCAUUGCUCUGUUAGAGGAGAAUGCAAGGCUACGUGCUGAACUUCUUGCCCUCCGAUUCCGCUUUGGCCUGGUGCGGGAUCCAUGUGAGGAACCUCGGGGGACAUAUGCACCACCGUGUGGACUCCAUGAGCCUCCGCCACCUAACCCCCCUCCACCCAUGCCUCAUUCAGAAGACUCUGGAUUUUCCACCCCCAGUGUAGGCAGUCCAGUUUUUUUUGAGGAUAGAGUUCCUGAGCAAGAACCCCAACCACUGCAGCCUUCAGCCAUAACUUAUUAUGGAGCCGUUGGAGGAGAGACUGUAGAAAAUCCUCGUGUGAGACUGGAGACAAUUCCUGACCCCUACAGAAGUCUUCCACACAAGCUACGGUUUAAAGCCUGUGCUCCAGGUGAGGAGUUGCCUCAUGCUCCACCACCUGUGUCAAGAGAAGUUAACAGUUUUCCCCCUGAAGUAGCCCCAGGAUUUCCCCAGCAACCAGUGCUCUGUCCUCGUGGACGGUGGGGCAGCCAGGUGCAGGACGCAGCACCUACACCGACUGCGAAUGGCCCGGACCUGCGGUCCCAGCUUGCCUCGCUCUCUGCAGAGGUUGCCCACUUGAAGAGAAUUUUCUCAGAGCAGGUGAUGACUCGGAGUGGACCCGAUUAGCACUCUAGGCUGCUCGUGAGCUUGAAUUCAUUACCUACUAACAAUGCAUACUUGAGAGACUACUGGGUUAUUUGAAAGCCACAGUUAUUUGGUUUUCUUUAGUGACCCCCGAAACGCGUCAGUGUGACACGUUUAAGAGUUUGGUGCUAUAAAGACAUUACUUCCUUGGCCAAAGGACUCUAAAGCAGCCACAGUGUUGUAAUAUCCAGUGAACUUGAUUGACCUAUUACUCUGUGAUACAGAGGAAGUAAUGCGAUACUGUAUACUGAAGACAAUAAUUGUUUGACUCUUAGGUGUCAUUCUGCCAAAUAUUUUAUAACACAGUUUCCUUUCUUGCCUCAAUAUUUCUACGGCGGUGCUCUGACUUCCCGUCAUGUCCCGGUCAUAGUGUUGGACAUCCAUGUAGAGUCUGUUAACUCUUUCACAUACACGUCAUUGUGUUUGUCACAUCACUAUUCCUCCUCUUCUCCUCUAUGAAAGGCAGUUGUUAGCACAUGACUACAUACAUGGUGUGCGUUGACUACACAACUUCUGUCAUGUGUGCUUGUAUGUGAGGUGUAUGAUAUUCAUAGAAGCGAUGUCUUAUCUGUGUCCCUCACUUUGUUCUACCCUGAUUCUGUGUCCUCACAACAGGAUGCAGUAAAAAUCAGCAGUCGGGGAUCCCAAUCCUGGAGUGGAUUUAUGUCACAAGUGCUCAUUAGUCUAAACGGUGCUAAGAUACAUUAUACAGUAGUGCGUGUAUACAAUGGUGCUUAUUUUAUACCUACAAUAUACGUCAGGUGAACUUUGAUAUUGGUAACACUCUAUGAAAUAAUAUACGUAAACAGCCCUGGACCGUCACUAUUAACAAGCAUUCGCCUCCCGUUGGUAUACUUGGCGUCUGUUCCACCAUUGCCUGCGUCAUUCAUGAGCGUGAAAGUUCUGUCAUACAUGGUGUUCUAGGGAAAUGCACAGUACAGAGGACCUGCUUCAAAUUUGUAAGUAAAGCAAAAAAAGCAUGUAACUUUGUGCCUGGAACAAACCAUGGUGCCAUGCAAGGGGAGCAAACACAAUUACAUGUUUUCUGUGCAGGGUAAAUACUGUCUGCUUUUGUAUGUAGCCCACAGAUGCUGGACAACUUUAUUUUUACACAGCAAUUUAGAUUUAUUUUUGAACACACCCCACCCAAAUCUAACUCUCUCUGCACAUGUUACUUCUGCUCCACCUGCAGUGCAGCAUGGUUUUACCCAGUUGCUUGAUUUUCUGCAUUGCUUGCAAACCAGAAUGAGGGCCGAAGUAUACUAUGCUGUAGGGGAAGCCUUGAGAACACUCUUCUAACACUGUUAAUGUGACGGCACGGCUUUGCCUGUGCUGCUAGCGAGCAGUGUGUGUAGAAAGCACAUGAGUGGGACUUGUGCUUGCGGUGGGAGGAGCUGUAAAGUGGUGAGAUCAUUCUAAAAUGACUGUGUAGCAUUAUCUCCUGGUUAGUAAGUAAUACAUUAGUAAGUAAUACAUUUCGUCUUCAGUGUGACCAGGUUGUGUAUCUCCUCAGUUGUAUUAAUGUUGCCACUCCCCGGCUCCUGUCUCUCCAGUCCCUCUUGCCCUUUCCCAGUGCCUACCUGGAUUACUCUUUCAUCUUUCGUUUAUUUCCACAGAUUCUGUCAUCAUUCCCAAAAUCCCAUCUAUCUCAAUCUUAAUCGUUCUCCCACCUCUCUCUGCUCAAUUGCUGCUAGCAGUAUCUUCUGCAUCACAUUAUAGCUCCCUGGUCUACCCCAGCUUAUUGCAGCUCCCUUGCACCCCCCUUCCCCACUACCACCAUAACCAUCAUGCAGCCCUGUCUUUCUUACCCUCCUUCAACCUUAGCCUCUCUCACGUUUCCUGAUCUAUUUUAAUUAGCUUCUAAACUUUCCAUAAUUCCUGUCUCUUUUGCUUUUUCCCCCAGCUCCUAUCUCACCCUACACAGCCAUCCCCAGGUCCUAUCUAUCUCACCCUCCACAGCCACUCUUAGCUUCUAAUCUAUCUCACCCUCCACAGCCAGCCCCAUCUCCUAUCUCACAACAUCUGUUGUACUCACUAUUCCUACAGUUCCAGUUUCUCUUACACAUUCCACAGGACCAGAAUUCCCUGAUCCCAUCUUCCCUAGCAUCCAUCUCUCCCACCCUUUCCAUAUCCCCACUUGAUGUAAUUCUUACAAACUUCUUUCCUCUUGUCAACUCUCAACUCUGUCACCCUUCUCCUACUCAUCUAUUUUCACUUUAUUUCUCUCCCUUCCCCAUCUCUGUCACUCUUCCCCAACACCCUGUACUCCUGGUCUUACCCCAGCUCUCUCACAUCAAUAGAUCCUUUCCUCUCUCUCCUCUCCACAGCUUCUCUCUCUCUCUCUCUCUCUCUCUCUCUCCUCAGCUUCUCUCUCCUCUCCCCAGCUUCUCUCUCCUCUCUCCAGCUUCUCUCUCUCCUCUCCUCAGCUUCUCUCUCUUUGUCUCUCCUCUCCCCAGCUUCUCUCUCCCUCUCUCCUCUUCCCAGCUUCUCUUUCUCUCUCUCUCUCCUCUCCCCAGCUUCUCUCUCUCUCCUCUCCCCAACUUCUCUCUCCUCUCCCCAGCUUCUCUCUCCUCUCCCCAGCUUCUCUCUCUCCUCUCCCCAGCUUCUCUCUCCCUCUCUCCUCUUCCCAGCUUCUCUUUCUCUCUCUCUCCUCUCCCCAGCUUCUCUCUCUCCUCUCCCCAGCUUCUCUCUCCUCUCCCCAGCUUCUCUCUCCUCUCCCCAGCUUCUCUCUCUCUCUCUCCUCUCCCCAGCUUCUCUCGCCUCUCCCCAGCUUCUCUCUCUCUCCUCUCUCCCAGCUUCUCUCUCUCUUUCUCUCUCUCCUUUAUGUUGGUUGUCAGUCAAUGCCAGGGUAAAGGGCAACAUUGAAGACUAUAUACACCACCACCAUGCCCCGACUCACUUGCUACGCUCCCACACCACACUACACACUCAUUUGUUACUGAUGAUUUUAAAACUGUUUUUUUGUAAAUAAAUAAAU